AUGCCGAAACCAGCACCUUCAGCUCCUUCCCAGGCCCCGGCCGACGCCAACAAUGAGACAGCCGAGGGAUUUAGCGGCUCCGCAUCUUUUGCAGAGCUCGGGGUCGAUUCGGCUAUCUGCGAGGCCAUUGAGGCCGUGGGCUGGUCAGCGCCCAGCAAGAUUCAACAGCAAGCCAUUCCGCACGGAUUGGCAGGCAAAGACAUCAUUGGCCUGGCCGAGACGGGCUCUGGCAAGACUGGCGCCUUCGUUAUUCCGAUCCUGCAGAGUCUUCUACAUAAUCCACAGCGUUUGUAUGCGCUGGUGCUGGCCCCGACGCGAGAACUGGCGUAUCAGAUCGGCGAACAGUUCGAAGCGCUGGGUGCGUCCAUUGGCCUUAAAUGUGCCUGCGUCGUGGGCGGUAUCGACAUGAUGCAGCAGCAAGUAGCGCUGGCCCGCAAGCCUCACGUGGUGAUCGCCACGCCCGGCCGAUUGGUGGACCACUUGGAGAACACUAAGGGCUUCAGUCUACGUACUAUGAAGUUCCUCGUACUGGACGAAGCCGACCGUAUGCUCAGUAUGGACUUUGAAGAGGAAAUUAACCAGAUUGUGCAGCUCAUGCCGGCCGACCGCAACACUUAUCUCUUCAGUGCCACCAUGACGUCCAAAGUGCGCAAGUUGCAGCGCGCGUCACUCAAAGACCCCGUCAAGGUGGAGAUCACCCACAAGUUCGCCACGCCCGAGACUCUGAAGCAGCACUAUCUGUUCAUCCCGGCCAAGUUCAAGGACUGCUACCUGGCCUACGUACUGAACGAGGUGGCUGGUCAAUCCGUGUUGAUCUUUGCCAGUACGUGCAAUGGAACACAGAAGGUGACGCUCAUGUUGAGAAAUUUAGGCUUCCAGGCCAUCUGUCUCCAUGGCCAGAUGCCUCAGCCCAGUCGUCUUGGAGCUCUGAAUAAAUUCAAGGCCAAGGCGAGGAAUGUGCUCGUGUGUACCGACGUGGCCUCGCGUGGUCUGGAUAUCCCGAGCGUCGAUGUGGUCAUCAACUACGAUAUCCCGACGCACGGCAAAGACUACAUUCACCGCGUUGGCCGAACGGCCCGAGCUGGCCGAGCUGGCGUGGCCAUCUCGUUCGUGACGCAGUACGACGUGGAACUGUAUCAGCGUAUAGAGCACCUGCUGGGCACCAAGUUGGACGCGUACUCGUGCGAAGAGGAGACGGUUCUCGUCAUUACAGAGCGUGUGAACGAGGCACAACGUAUCGCCACCAUCGAGAUGAAGGAGGCAGCUGCGAACGGCACAGGUAUCAAGCGUGGACGCUACGCGCGCGAUGAUAACGAGGGCGACGACGAGGAAGGAGGUGAGAAGAAAUACAAAUCUGCUGCCCGGGUGCAAAAGGGAGGCCGUGGUGGCUGUGGAGGUGGCCGUGGAGGUGGCCGUGGAGGUGGCCGCAUGCGGAAUUAG